AAGCUGAUGUGGUUCCAAAGACGGCAGAAAACUUUAGAGCUCUUUGUACUGGUGAAAAAGGAUUUGGAUAUAAAGGAUCCACUUUUCACAGAGUGAUUCCUUCAUUCAUGUGCCAGGGUGGUGACUUUACAAAUCACAAUGGAACUGGUGGAAAAUCUAUUUAUGGCAGUAGAUUUCCAGAUGAAAAUUUCGUACUUAAGCAUGUAGGACCUGGUGUUCUUUCCAUGGCCAAUGCAGGACCCAAUACGAAUGGAUCUCAGUUCUUCAUUUGCACUGCCAAAACUGACUGGCUAGAUGGAAAACAUGUUGUUUUUGGGCAUGUGAAGGAAGGAAUGGAUGUCGUGAAAAAAAUUGAGAGCUUUGGUUCCAAGAGUGGAAAGACCUCCAAAAAGAUUGUCAUUACUGACUGUGGCCAGCUGUCCUAGCCUUUUGCCCUACCAUUCAGGACAACUUUGAUGCUGUGAAAAAAUGAUUCAUAAAAAAAGGAAAACAUUUCUGAUCCCAUGAGUAGCGUCCAUAGAACUAUAUUUUCUAUUUAACUUGGUUCAGCUUUUAUACUUACACUGAAUGAUACUGAUUAAAAGCAUAAAACA